GAACGAGCGCUCAGGAUCGGUGCAUCAUAGAAAAUCUGUUCAGUUGGUUUUAUAGGUAGAAGAGGUGUAUAGACAAAGUGACUUGUCCCUCAUUUUUGCCCCAGAAUUUCAUUUAUCUAGCUCUACAUAUUUGUAUAUGAUUGAACCAUCCAACUUAUAGAUAUUAGAUUUUUUCCUCAACAACCCAUUUGAAGAGGAACGAAUGGCUCUCGAAGACAACUAUACGACGUUUACAUAUGAUUACGAUGAUAGUAGCAGCAUUGAGGAUCAACUGUGUCACAAGGAAGCUGUGGCAAAAUUUGGAUCCAUCUUUGUCCCGUUAUUCUUCAGCAUCGUGGUCUUGCUCAGUCUCAUUGGUAACAUCUUGGUUCUUGUGAUUCUCAUACACUAUGAGAACCACAAAUCAUUGACGAACAUCUUCAUACUCAACUUGGCUCUGUCGGACCUGCUGUUCACUAUCGGAUUGCCGUUCUGGGCUUGUUACUACAUCUGGGGUUGGACUCUCGGAGAUGCUGUGUGCAAAAUUGUCUGCUUCAUCUUCUACAUUGGGUUUUACAGCAGCAUCGUGUUCCUGAUGCUGAUGACUAUUCAGCGCUACAUGGCUGUAGUGCACCCUCUCUCGGACUGGGAAAGAGGACAGGGUUUUGCACUUAUCUUCAUCAUUGGUUGGUUGGUGAGCAUCUUAGCAGCAUUGCCAUCCUCAAUCUACACCUCUGUAAUGCCUGAUCCAGCAAAUGAUUCACAACAAUACUGUGAGUAUAAUUCCAUUCUGGCAGACCGUGUGCUUACCUACGAACAGAACUGUUUUUUCAUUUGUGCCUUUUUGGUCAUGGGGUUUUGCUACAUAAGAAUCCUGCAGACCAUCUUCAAGGCAAGAACGAACAAAAGACACAGAACUAUCAGACUCAUCUUCUGUAUCGUAAUCGUGUUCUUUCUUGGUUGGGGUCCUUAUAACCUGGUGAUUUUUUUGCAAACAUUAACCCCUCUUAACGUCGAGUUUUUCACAAUUUGCGAGGUCACGCAUCAUCUUGACUACGCUGAAAACGUCAGUAAACUGCUGGCGUUUUCUCACUGCUGCCUGAAUCCUGUGUUUUAUGUUUUUGUUGGUGUGAAAUUUAGAAAUUAUCUUAAGGAGAUUCUGCAGAAGAUUUUUCAAAGGCCAUCCAACACGAGUACGCCAAAAACACGAACUGCUCACGCUCAGUCCCUGGGCUCCUUGUACUGAUACUGUAACGACUGCAGAAGCAGUGAUUGAACUGUCUGAUACAGUGUAAAUAUAUUUUUAAAUGUUUUGUACAUUUAUUUGUUGAAUACUGACAUAAAGGUAUGCUGAGGAAUUUAUAUUUUUUUUAAAAUGAUGACCAAACUUUGUUGGAUGAACUGCUGGAAAUGAGACGCUGAAAUGCUAAUUAUAGUACAGUGUGUAUAGUAUUUAUAUUAAACACAGAAGAAGUCACACAUGCUGUAAAUUUGACUGCUGGUUCUGUGAAUCCCGUAAAUGUCCUAAGGUUUCUCUGCUCUUGCAUUUCUUAUGUCUCUUCGUUUUUUUUCGUUUGGUAA